AUGUAUUCAGCGCCCUCCGCCUGCACUUGCCUGUGUUUACACUUCCUGCUGCUGUGCUUCCAGGUACAGGUGCUGGCGGCCGAGGAGAACGUGGACUUCCGCAUCCACGUGGAGAACCAGACGCGGGCUCGGGACGAUGUGAGCCGUAAGCAGCUGCGGCUGUACCAGCUCUACAGCCGGACCAGCGGGAAGCACAUCCAGGUCCUGGGCCGCAGGAUCAGUGCCCGCGGCGAGGACGGGGACAAGUAUGCCCAGCUCCUAGUGGAGACAGAUACCUUCGGUAGUCAAGUCCGGAUCAAGGGCAAGGAGACGGAGUUCUACCUGUGUAUGAACCGGAAAGGCAAGCUUGUGGGGAAGCCUGAUGGCACCAGCAAAGAGUGUGUGUUCAUUGAGAAGGUCCUGGAGAACAACUACACAGCCCUGAUGUCAGCGAAGUACUCCGGCUGGUACGUGGGCUUCACCAAGAAGGGGCGGCCGCGGAAGGGCCCCAAGACCCGCGAGAACCAGCAGGAUGUGCACUUCAUGAAGCGCUACCCCAAGGGACAGGCCGAACUGCAGAAGCCCUUCAAGUACACCACCGUGACCAAGCGGUCCCGGCGGAUCCGCCCCACGCACCCCGGCUAG